AUGCUGCACUCCAGGCGGCCAUCAAUGCCCGCCCCAAUCGGUACCCUCGACGAGAAAUCGACCGACACCGAUGAGGCAGCCCUACACUUCCACGAUCACAGCCAGGCCUCUGGAAGUCUCCCAUAUUGGCUCGUCAAUUUACCUCGGUCGCAAUGGACUGCCGAGUGUCCUAGUUUUCUACGUGACCAAUCUCCGAAGAAUAUCAAAUGCCUCUCAAUCCCUGAUUGCCGGUAUACCCGACAGGACUGGGAGGAAGUGAAGGAGAUCAUAGGAACCAACCGGAUCGACCGGUUCCAGCGGGUCCCAAGCGAGCUGCGCAAGUAUCUGGAAUACAUGGCGCAUAUCAAAGCGGAGUAUACAUCCGUGAUGAGAUUUGUGGUCAAGGAAAGGCUGGGCUGGGGGGAUAAUUGGGAAGAGAUCAAGCCUAGAGGUGGCCCUUUCGAAUACGAGGAGGAUAUCCGAAUCAUAUACAAUGACUGGCCAUAUGGUGUUGCCAAGGAUAUCAUCCACUUGGUAGUGUGGACCAAGUUCGAGCUGGAAGAUGACCCAACCACAGAUGACCUAAUGGCAAGCACACGAGCGGCCAUAGAGAGCUAUGUGCAGGACACAUUUUGCUCUCGGGUACCACCCGAACAGGUGGUCUGGUUCAAGAACUGGAAGUCACUCAAGUCGGUCCCCGGGAUUGAACACUUCCACGUCAUGCUCCAUCGUCCCGAUAUGGCAUUUGUCAGGGAGAUCACCCGCGGAGAUGUACCUCUGAUUGAACGGCUAUGA